CAGAUCUUUCACUCUUCACAUUUUGGGCACUUUAAACUGAUUAACAGUAAAAUAUGUUACAAUUCCUAAUUUUCCAUGAAACCAGGGAUGGUACAGAGUAAAAAAUUUAUCUCAACAUAGCACCUUGUGCAAUGUGUAGAGAUACAGUGCACCUUGUAAAAUCUCCCUAGCUGCAUGAAUAUUAUUUUGUGAAUUAAUGGUGUAUAAAGUAUAAUUGAGAUAAGAUCAGAUUGGUGAAUUGAAAAUGGGUGUUUCAUUAUAUAAAAAGAUAAAUCCGAUAAUAACUAGUGACAGAUUCUGCAGUCAGUGUGGGAUUUUUGGGCAUGUUAGUGGCUGCUUGCUACGUGGUGACUAUGACUAGAGUUGUUGUGGACCAUUUUUUUUUACACAAAUCACUGUCAUCUAAUAUAGAAAUCCUUAUUAUUUCAAUAUUAAAACAUAGCUUGACAUUUAAAACUUUAAAAUGUGUUUCUUACGUCACUCAAAAGUAACUCCCAGUGGCUGCAAUAAGACAUUGACCAACCUACAUCUGUGCAUCUGUGCGUGUGUGUGUGCGUGCAUCGUGCGUGCGUGCGCAAAACUAUUUGCAGUCAUGUAUUUUAAAGUUAAGCCAUACAGCAGUCUAGACUUACUAAUACCGUGCUUACCACCAUGCUUUGCAUAGGGUGGAAUCAGUGCAGUAGCCCUGUUUCCUCUCACGCUCGAAUGGCACAACAGUUGCAACAUUCACAUGAAAAAGAGGUUUGCAGACAAGCAGCGACUGGAUAAAUUCUCUACAGUACAGUCCUGCCAUUGUUUACAGCAUGCAUCAGUUUUGCUCAGUUCAGCUCUGUUAUCGUUUUUACAAUCAGUGGUACUGGUUGUUCAGCACUGUGGAAGGAAGUUGCUGCCUGUAGUGCAUUUAUUUUAUCUGCUUCAUAUUGACUGAAUCAUUAUCAUGCCCUUGCUUAUAUGAAAGCAUAACUUCCUGGAAGCUGGUGACCCCCUCAUGAUUCUUUUACUGUGAGAUGUUCUGUGGAUUAUGACAGACUUCAUACCCUGGAACUGGAGUGACGCAGGCUUUCAGCAGGAAACUGAUGCAAGAGCUCAGUUUCUGCAGAGUGUAUGUAACUGUGACUGUGCCCAUAUAUAUAUGUACAUGUGUGUGUCGAUAGGAUGUGUGCGCACAGUCAUACUGCACCUGUCCUUUCGUAAGAUUUGAAAGGACAACCAUAAACCCGUCAGUGUGUAGGAGUGAAUGUUGAAUGUUUUACAGAGGACAAACAACCUGACCCUUACUCUUCCUGAUGCAGCCAAAUCAAUCUGCUGUUUCAUGCAGGAUUACAGCAAUAGUUUGACAUUUUGUAAAAGUAUUUGCUUACUUGUCGAGAGUCACAUGAGAAGAUCGAUACCACUCUCAAGUCUGAGCCUGGCGAUGACAUAAGCACGAUCGAAGAGUGUGAUACCUGGAGAGGGAGGCCCUGGCCCGGGCUCACCGCGUUCCCCCAGGUCCAUGGAGAGGCCACUGAAGGCAGGCUGGCUCAAGAAACAGCAGAGGUCUUUAGUCAAGAACUGGCAGCAGCGUUACUUUGUGCUAAGAGGAAGCACUCUGACCUACCACAAAGAUGACAAGGAGACCACUGUCCAGGGAGUCAUCCAGCUGCGGUUCAGUAAAGUGAAUGAACUCCCUCUGAGCUCAGAUGACCCUGGGAAAUACCUUUUUGAGAUCAUACCACGUGUAUCUGGAGACAGGGAGCGAUGUCCAUAUGUGUUCAUGGCAAACUCCCAGAGUGACAUGGAGGAGUGGGUCCGCACUCUGCGCAGAGUCAUUGGAGUACCAACGAGUGGAGUGUUUGGAAAGGGUCUGAUGGACACAGUAACAUAUGAGCAACGGUUUGGGCCUCAAAUGGUGCCAAUCCUCAUACAGAAGUGUGUGGAGUUCAUCAAAGAACAUGGCCUGGAUGAGGAGGGCAUCUUCCGCCUCCCGGGUCAGGACAAUGCUGUCAAACAGUUCAGAGACGCCUUUGAUGCAGGAGAGAGGCCCUCCUUCCCCAGUGACACGGAUGUCCACACGGUAGCAUCACUGCUCAAGCUGUACCUGCGCGAGCUUCCUGAGCCCGUGGUGCCUUGGACUCAGUACCAAGACUUCCUGGACUGCACUAACCUGCUGGACUCCAGCAGCUCGGAGGGUUGGGAAAUGUUGGAGAAACAAAUCACUCUUCUCCCCAGAAUGAACUACAACCUUCUCAGUUAUGUCUGCCGGUUUUUAUUUGAGGUACAGCUGCACUCCAAGGUGAAUAAGAUGAACGUGGAGAACCUAGCUACAGUGAUGGGCAUCAACCUGCUCAAACCUCAGAUAGAAGACCCCAUCUCGGUGAUGAAGGCGACUCCUCAGAUCCAGAAGCUGAUGACAGUGAUGAUCAGACAGCAUGAGACUCUGUUUCCCCUCUCCAAAGACGUGCUCCCCUCCCCUCCCUCAAAGAAGGCCGAAUGCCAGAAGAACACUCCCCGAAGCUUUGUGGGCUGGGAGUCUGCAGAGAUGGGUGAUGCAUCUCUGUCGGAGUCUCCGGAAGAGGAGGAGGACAUUGACAGUCCAGGUCCAGACAGAGGAAACUGUGACCCCCAAAACACACUUCAGGAGUCUCUCUCACUCUCCACAGAAGACUGGGUUGGAAGUCCCCGCAAACGCACUCAGACCCUGCCCGCUUUCAACUGCCCCCUAACGGGGAUGGCAGCCAAGGCCGAUGCCCUCAACCGGUGGAGUCGCAUCCAGGAGAGCACGGAGGAGAAGAGUGGGACAUUGUCGGAGGAUAUUUUCAAGAUCCUGGACCUCCGGAGUUCAGGUUCAUUGUUCGGAGGGUCUCAGAUCAGUAACACGGAGGGAGAGGAUAGGUUAACAGCCAGGAGAGGAAGUGACAACACAGGUUCUUCUACUGCUGCCUCCCAAAAACCUAACAAUGCUUCCCAGCCUGCUCCGGUGCUGUCACAUCAGAAGAGUGCAGGUAACCUGACAGUGAGCGGUUCAGUUCAGCAGCUCAACAGCAGGUCUGAGCAGACGAAAGACAGCCAGCAGCUUGUAGGCAGUCUGCAGCAGGAGAACAAGGAGCUGAGGGCCACAGUGGCAGAGCUCCAGUCUGCUCUGGAGAAAGAUCGCCGCCGUGUGGCUGCUCUGGAGAUCUGUCUGAGAAAUGCUGAGCGCAGCCGAGACGAGGCCCAGAGACGCAAUGAGGAGCUGCAAAGAGACAUUCAGCAGUUCCUCACCAGACAGCCACAAGCUCCCACCUAAAAGUAAUUUUAAGACUCACUAGUAUAUGGACAUUUAAUUUGUUAAUCUUAACAGAGCUAAUUUCACAUGAACUGGUUGUGGAAAAUACUGUCAUCGUCCAGUGGGAUGCUGGAUUGUUUCCAUUUGAGCCCUGUUUGGUCCUCAAGAUAAAUGAUUGGCUCAUUUGUUUGUGCCUGUGAGGAAAGUCUGUUAAGAAGAGAUCUAAAUAGGCUUUAACAUCACUUUUUCCAUUAAAGACUUUAAACACAAGUUUGUUCCUCCCUACUGCAGGAGUCAUGUCACUGUAUAUGAACUGCCCGAUCCAGCUGUUACACAGGAUGUGCUGGAAAAGACCAGGUCAGCUGGACUGAAUAAUGCAGAACAAAUACUAUGUGUCAUAUAUGGAGUACUUGACGUUUCAUUUCAGUAGUAAAUUAAUAAAAUUAAUAAAUGUAA